ACUGGGAAAGUAGUCCGUUAAUUCCUAGAUAAAUUGUAAUCGUCGUGGUGAAAUUCUUCAGCUUCCGCCAUCAAUGGCAUUCACCCAGAUCGUGAAACCCAUCAGAUGCCCGUCUCCCACAAUUCCACGGCGUUUCACGGCGAUCACGCCAUUGAAAACCCUAAACCCCCAACUUUCUCGCCACCCACCUCACGCACUCUCUCGCAGACUCUUCCUUCCUUCUGUUUCCUCGAUUUGGGAUGCCAUAACCGGCGGUGGAGACUCAAACCCCCGUGAGGCUAUCGCAGCGGUUCGAAGCGGAAUGCAGCUUUUCAGAAAGGGUGAUGUUUCUGGAUCGGUGACAGAGUUCGAUAGAGCUAUUGUGUUGGAUCCCCGGCAAAAGGCAUAUCUGUGGCAACGCGGGCUUUCUCUUUACUACCUGGAUAGGUUUGAAGAAGGUGCAGAGCAGUUCCGGUUAGAUGUUGCCCAAAACCCAAAUGACACAGAGGAGUCGAUUUGGUGCUUUCUAUGUGAGGCUCGGCUCCACGGUAUUGAUGGUGCACGCAAACAGUUUCUUGAGGUUGGUAGAGAUUCUCGGCCUGUGAUGCGGGAAGCUUAUAACCUAUUCAAGAAUGGUGGUGAUCCUGAAAAGUUAGUUAAUGACUUCUCGAGCGGUCAAGCAAGUGAAUACUUCUACGCUUCGCUGUAUGCAGGGCUCUACUAUGAAGCUGAGGGUAAAUCAGAAAGCGCAAAGUUUCAUAUAACCGCGGCUUGUGGAUCUCCAUAUGGGCAGAGGUCGGAUGAUUACAUGGCUUCACUAGCUAAAGUUCACUGCAUUUGUAGAAACUGGAGCUCCGAUUUUGUUUGAGCCGGUUCGAGGUGUUUUGGAGCCUUACAUUCAUAACAGUUUAAGGCCCAACUUGUAAAAUAUUAGCCCAAUAAAUAGCUGGACCUCCAUUCGCAAUUUACUAGAAUGUUUUUACUUUUUAAAGUUAAAAUUUACUAGAAUAGUGUUAUGAAUUUAUGAUUACCCCUUGUUUUUUUUUCCUCAACUUUUUGGUAUUAUCCCUGGUAUGAAGUGUAAUAAAAAUUAAGGAUGUUCGAUAA